AUUUUUAUCUAAUAAAAAUAAAACAGUGAAAUUAAGAGUGGGUGUUCUAAAAGAGAUUACAUUGUUGGCAUAAGAAUUGAAAUAAUGGCUAAUAUUAAUACAAUAAUAAUGAUGAGGAUGAUGAUUAUUAAAUGAUUUUGAAACAAUGGGAAUAUUCACAUCUUGCUGUAGACCUUCAGCGUCAGAAGUACUAACUCCAGAUGCUGAGACGCGAAGGCGUCAGCAGGUAGAGGCAGCGGAGAAGCGGCGCAAGGAGGAAGCAGCUCGCGGGGUGAAGGACCCGGAGCGAGUGCGGCGCAUGCAGCAGCGGGCUGAGGAGAUGGAGAAGAGAGAGCAGGAGCUGAGCAAGGACGGAGGACCUAAUCUGAGGUGGUCGGCUGACUGAGAUCAGGUCCCACCAGCACCGUCCGGCAGCCAACAAACAAACCAGGGCAAAUACAAGUACAUGAACUAAUGCUGUUAAGGUAUUUUAUGUUUAUUAUAUCUUUUUAUUAAUAAGGGGGUGAUUUUUAGCAAAGAUAAGCACUGCUGCAACUACGAAAUAAUUAUAAAACUGUUCAACGUUUUCGUAAACAAUAUACAUACAUAUUUAGAU